AUGAAAAACUCAGUAUGGGCGCUCCUUCGCUUGUUCUUUGUUCUUAAAGGUAUCCAACUUGCCAUUGUAUAUUUCACACCUGCUCAGUUCGACACGUCAUCGCAAUUGAACCAGCACCACCUCCAUUCGCCCUAUGGCCGUGUCGUGACUAGGAUUCUAAACAAAUUGGCGGCUUGGGAUGCUGUAUAUUUUAACGAUUUGUUUGUCAAUGGCAUAUCAUACGAGCAUCAGUUUGUGUUUUGCCCCGCGUGGAUCAAGCUUGUUGAAAUUUUGGUGCCUUCUCGAGCGUCCUACUACCAAGCGCAGUUGUGGAGCACCUUGAUCUCGAACUUAUGUCACUUGGCGUCAUGCAUUAUGCUCUAUCUAGUGACCACGGAUGUCUUUAGAAAUGAUAAAGUGAUUGCACACCGAGUCGCGUUGAUGAUGAUCAUCUCUCCAGCGGGCAUCUUUUUGACGGCCAACUAUUCUGAGAAUUUAAGCAACUUGCUCACCAUAACGGCGAUUUACUGUUACUACCUUUCAAUGGAUUUUCAAGAUAUUCGCACGAGGUCCAACCAGUCGAUAAAAAGCGUUGCUUUGUAUAUCAUGAGUGGAGUGUUAAUAGCAUUGAACUACACAGUGCGAGCGAAUGGGUUGUUGAUGGGCGUGAUUUACGUGUUUGAUCUAUACCAUUUCCUCAUCUUGGACUCGAAUUUUUCAGAAAGCCUUGUUACGAUCUUCACUGGGUCCUUGCUUGCUGCAACUUUACUUGCUCAGAACAUGUAUCACUAUUUCUUGUUCUGCCCACAACGACAAGGGUGGUGCAACCACACCGUGCCGAGCUUGUUUCGGUUUGCUCAAUCUCAUUACUGGAACAAUGGGUUUCUCGCCUACUGGUCGCGCAACAACAUUCCAAACUUCCUACUAGCUGGACCCGUGAUUGCUUGGAAUAUCUUUUCCAUCAAGCAAAUCUACAAUAUUCUCCCCCAGUAUAAGAAAUUGGCUUCGAUUACGGCGAUCAAUUUCAUACUCACCGUUUUAGCCAUUUUUUUUUUGAAUGUGCAAAUCGUCAAUAGAGUUACCAGUUUUUCGCCCUUGUUGUACUGGGUGGCCGCUUUAAACUACCAACGCUGGUGGUUCAAAUACGUGUUGCUGUAUUUGGUGGCCUGGAAUCUUCUUCAGACAGGACUUUUUGCAGCUUUCUUACCACCGGCUUGA